AUGGUAGAACUACGUCGCUCAAGCAGGUUGUCUGCUAAUAAAACUGCUACCCAGGACUCAGAUUCCAACUCUGACUCUAUUAAGACUCAACCAAAGACCAAGACUGAGUCCAAGGUAACAAAGCCAAAGGAGUCUUCCAAGAAAGAAAUCGAUACUAAGGUCAUCGAGAAGAAGCUUAGUGAGCUACAGGUGGGUGAUGAGAUCCCAGAUUUGACUCUCAAGAACCAGGACGAUGAACCAGUUUCUUUGAAAGAUGUGGCUUCUAAAAACCCAUUGGUGAUAUUCUUUGCUUACCCAAAGGCCAGCACUCCAGGGUGUACCAGACAAGCCUGUGGAUACCGUGACAACUAUUCUGAGCUUAAGGAGCACGCAGCGGUGUUUGGCUUGAGUGCAGACUCCCCAAAGGCGCAGAAGAAUUUCCAAACGAAGCAAACGCUACCAUUUGACUUGCUAAGCGAUCCAAAGCGUGAAUUCAUCGGGUUGCUCGGAGCCAAGAAGACACCUGCUUCCGGUGUUAUUAGAUCGCACUGGAUAUUCAAGAAUGGUAAGCUUGAAGUCAAGAGGGUACAGGUAUCGCCUGAGGUUAGCAUCCAAGAAGGCAAAAAAGAAGUGUUGGAACUUGCCAAAUCCUUAUAG